AUGGGGAAGACGCUGGUUAUUACAUGUGGCGACAGGGUGCUCAGCAUUCCUCAUAGCAAAACCACAAGUAGCCUGCAAGUCUGCUCACACGAGGAGGCCAACACUAAGAUCUUGUUUCACCUUGCAGACUGUGCACAUGAAGGUUUGAAAAAGAUUUUGAUCCCAAUCACAGAUACAGAAAUCCUUCUCUUAGCAGUUGGUUGUUUUCAGUCUACAGCUGCCAAGAAAUCUGGGAUGCGUCAGGAAAAGGAGUGGGACAGCAUAGGACAUGGCGCUCUGGAGGAGUUUGGAUAUACAACAAGGCGUCCACCACCUAGACCCAGCGGAGACACUUCAUGUUUCCCCGGUGAAGUGCGUCUUCUACUUGAGAGUGGCAACGCAGUGUUCAUUGAAAACGUCAGGGCAGGACAAAGAAUAUUAACAGUUCAAAAUGGUCGGCGUGUAUUUUCUGAAGUAAGAACGUUCUUAAAACGACUACCCAACAAGAAUGCUACAUACCUAACACUGACGACGGAGCAAGGUAAUCACGUGACGAUGUCCGACAAUCAUCAGAUUUUUGUGUCAACAACAAACAAGUCAACUGACAUGCAAUCUGGACGUGCGAUCUCUGUAAGACAAGGAGAUUACAUUUUCACAACAAAAUCCUGCAAUAAGGACCUGUGUCCUGAGCGAGUCAUCCAAGUGUCUGUUAGCUUGAAACAAGGCCUGUAUGUGCCUAUAACAGACGCAGGAACUCUUGUAGUUGACGGAAUAUUCGCGUCAUGCUAUUCACUCGUUCCACACGAUCUGGAGCACCUCUUGGUGACCCCGUUCCGCUGGUUUCCUUGGUUACUGCACCCAUGGCAAGAGGACGGCUAUAGUCCAAUAAUGUCCAGUUUGGAAUAUUUAGCUCUCAGGUUUCUCCCCGAGGGUCUUUUUCAAUCUGGACUCUAAACGGAGGUUCGGAUUAAAAUAGCAUUCGGAUAAGCUACAUCUUUGUAACGGAACCGUAUUAAACCUGAUA